AUGAGUAAUAAUACUAAUCUCAACAACAGUGGAAAUAACAUAAACAACAAUGAAGCUGGAGUUUAUAGAAAAGCAAGUGACAAUAUGUCAAAAGGAACAAACUCAAUGUUUGAUGGGAUAAAGAGUGCUGUCACUAUUGAGGAUCCAGAUGCUCCACAACAACUACAAGAGGAAAACGAAGCUGGUGUUAUUGACCAUUUAACAAACAACUCUAACAAACCAAAGACCGUUGUCGAUGGAGCAAUGAAGGGUGUGCUAUCAGUUGGUAGAAAUCUAUUCAAUGGUGUCACUGGAAUUGUUGUACAACCAUAUAGAGGUGCCAAAAAAGAUGGUGUUGCUGGAUUUGCAAAGGGAUUAGUUAAAGGUGUCAGUGGAGCAGUAUUACUACCAGUUGUAGGUGUAUGUGAAUUUGUAUCCAUGACAGCUCAAGGAAUUGUCAAUACUCCCUUGACCAUUAUUGAUGCAAUGAAAAAUGCACCAAAAGAUGAAGUACAAGUUCAAGUUACAGUAGUUGAGAAACCAAUAUUCUUUGGAUUAUCAUUGACAGAAUCAAUGGAAAGAGCAAAAGAAAAGAAUGUUCCACAUAUCAUAUCGAUUUGUAUUGCCUAUCUAAGUAAGAUGACCAAUGUAGAGGGUAUCUUUAGAAUUAGUGGAUCAAAGACUGAAAUUGAUAAAUUACAAUUGGCAUUUGACAAGGGUGAGAUUACAUCGAUAGAUUCUCUCACCAAUAAUCCAUCCAUUCGUAUCUAUGUACAUGAAGUUGCAUGUAUCUUUAAAUCCUAUUUUAGAUAUCAACCAGAAUCUAUUGUUCCUCCUCAACAGAUUAAUGAAUUUAUGAAUUUACAAGCCAAAACAAAUGUAGACCCAGUUGAAAAGGUGGCCAAACUUAAACAAAUUGUUUUAUCAAUCCCAGAGCCAAACUAUAGUGCUCUCUAUCACAUUAUGGAAUUAUUGACUAAAAUCUCUAAAAACAGCAAGGAGACUUUGAUGACUCCUAGCAAUCUCUCUAUUAUUUUUGGUCCACCUCUACUACGUCCAGAAAGUUUGGCCGAUCUUCAACAAGUAGCCAAUUGUAACACUGUCAUUUUCCAUCUCAUUUCAUUCUUUGAUCAAAUUUUUACAAAGAAACCAACUGACCAUUUUGUAUAA